AUGGAAAGCACUCCAGGUCCACGCGAGACUACUCCAGAAACCCACCCAACUCAGGGGGUAUACCUCUCGAACGAAACCAUUAUUAGCAUAAUUGAUGACCUGAUUCCCGGAUGCAACAUCCUGGCUAUUGAUCCUCUGGAGCAUGGCAAAUCAUUCAACAAUCGCAUCUACUUUCUGAAGAUAGAUGUUCCCGACGACCUAGUAUUACAUGGUCUGAAAAACGGAGCUGUUAAUGACUUGGUUUUGAAACUCAACGGAAAGUUCUUUGAUCGGACGAAAAGCGAAAACGAGGUGUCCUGCUUGUCUCUUCUUGAGUACUUUGCGCCCGAAAUUCCAUCACCAAGGGCGCUUGCCUGGUCUGACAGCAAUGGUUCCGUCGUUCACAAGUUGACCGUCGGGGGAAAUUUGGCAACAAAGGAAUUACAUAUUAAUUCCGAAGCCGACGGAAAAGUCCAGGGCUGGAUUUUAAUGACAAGACUUCCCGGGGUUCCUUUAUCGACGUUGAAUCUGGAUACAGACGAGCUCAAGAUCGCUGGUGAACAGUUAGCGGACAUGGUCUACUGCUGGAGACAGUCGCUCCCCGGUUGGGCAAGUGCUGGAAAUUUAGAAUGUGGACCUCCUCAUGGGAAAGAACAAGAUCCAAAUUCAUUAUUAGUUGCCGGCUUGCGCAUAACGUCGUCAUCAAACAUGCCUGGGUUUGAUGUCAAAACAUCUGAGCCUAUCAUAAGCCAGCUCCAUUACUACCAACUGAGGCUUGAGACGCGGCUCCAGAAGCUCCAAGAACUCGACGUUUUUGCUGGAAACAGGCAUUUGAUUCCUCAAAUCAAGGAGUUUAUUGCUCUUCAAUUACCGCAGCUUGGGAUAAGCAAUGAGAAAAGUCGGUUUUUAUUCACGCACUACGAUCUUUCUCCACGCAAUGUCUUGAUCUCUGCGAAUCACACGAAGAUCAGUGGUAUCAUUGACUUUGAAUUUUCCGGAUUUUUCCCUGAAUUGGAUGAAUUUGUCAAUGAUUCGGUGGCAAAUGAAGGCGACUGGCCUGAUGCUUUUUACGAACCGUACUUGAGUAGACUGGAGGCCCGCGGAAUGAAUACUCCAAGGAACGGCAUCAAGGAUCAACAUUGGAGAGAGGCAACUUCACUUUCUCGAUUGGAAGACAACAUAGCGCCCUGGUGGCUUGAGAAUGUAGCACCAGAAAAUAAGAACCAGCACUCAGAAGACCUCCAGAAGGCGAAAGAAAUCGUCUUGGAUACAAUUCAGCUCCUGGAUGCCGGCCUUUGA